UCGAUGCCUGGCGAAUAUAAAGUCAUCGAUGGCAGCAGUGGAAGGAGGAUCACGAAGUGGUCUGCAGAGAUUGAACCAACAUGAACGGCGACAACUGCGACAACGGCGAAUACAAAGUCGAUUUCGACAAGCCCAUUCACACGCCAACGCGGAAGUUGAAAGUUAUCUGUAUCGGCGCGGGAGCUUCUGGGCUGCUGAUUGCUUACAAGCUUCAGCGGCAUUUCGAUGAUUUUGAGCUGAACGUCUACGAAAAAAACAAAGAUGUGUCGGGAACCUGGUACGAGAAUCGAUACCCAGGAUGCGCCUGCGACGUUCCCUCCCACUGCUACACGUGGUCCUUCGAGCCGAAGACGGACUGGUCGUCAACAUAUGCCUCCGCGAAGGAGAUCCAUCAGUACUUCGCCGGGUUCGCGAAAAAAUACCAACUCGGGCGUUACAUCAAGCUCGAACACGAAGUCAUCGGCGCGACAUGGGACGAGGCGGCCGCGCAGUGGCAUGUGAAGAUUCGGCAAGGAACGACCGAGAUUCUUGUAGAGGACAGUUGCCAUGUGCUGUUGAACGCCGGCGGAAUAUUAAAUGCAUGGAAAUGGCCGGCGAUUCCCGGCUUGGAAAACUACAAGGGGACGCUUGUGCACUCCGCUGCAUGGCCGGAGGACUUGGAUUUGACAGGGAAGGUGGUGGGCCUAAUCGGCAAUGGAUCGUCCGGAGUCCAGAUCCUCCCUGCGAUCCAGGCCGAGGUGAAGGAACUUACCACGUUCAUCCGCGAGCCAACAUGGAUCGCCCCACCUCUCGGCGAAGCAUACCAAGUCUUCACCGAUGCCGACAAAGCCUCCUUCGCUGCGGAUCCCGAGAAGCACCUCGUGCUCCGCCGCGGCAUCGAAUCCGGCAUCAACAGCGCGUUCGCAAUGUUCACCCUUGCAGACGGGCGGCAAAAGGAAAUCCGCACUGCCUUCGAAGACCGCAUGAGACAACAGCUCUCGGAUCCACGGACAGCUCAUUUCCAGAACGCCCUCAUUCCAACCUGGUCUGUUGGGUGCCGGCGCCUCUCCCCGGGAAUCGACUACCUGAAAUCUCUCUCCGCUCCCAAUGUCUCUGUCGUCUUCGGCAACAUCACCCAUGUUACCUCCGCUGGCUGCGUCAUGUCUUCCGGCGAAGAGUACCCCACUGACGUGCUAAUCUGCGCCACGGGCUUCGACACCUCACUGCGACCGCGCUUCCCGGUGAUCGGUCGCGCCGGUGUCGACCUCCGCGAGAAGUGGAAAGACGAGCCGCGAGCGUACCUCGGGUUUGCAGCGGCGGGGUUUCCGAACUAUCUGAUGACGCUCGGCCCCAACUGUCCGAUCGGCAAUGGCGCCGUGCUCGCCGGAAUCGAAGCUCAGGUCGAGUACUUUGUCAAGCUGCUGAGCAAGUUCCAGAAAGAAAUGCUCACGACGUUCGAUGUGCGAGAGGAGGCUGUGGACGAUUUCGUCGAGCAUAAAGACGAGUUCAUGAAAAACACUGUUUGGACCGAAGACUGUCGCUCGUGGUACAAAGGCGACAACAUCCACGGCAAAGUUACCGCGCUGUGGCCAGGGUCGUCGCUGCACUAUAUCGAGGCCGUGCGUGAAGUCAGAUACGAGGACUGGGCGCUGACGCGGGAAAAGCGUAACCGAUUUCAAUUUUUGGGAAACGGACAUAGUACUGCGGAGAAGAGGACAGGCGAAAUGGCGUAUUACAUCAGGAACUCGGAUGACAGUUGGAUCGAUCCGGUUUUGAAGGCAAAGCUGUAGCCGAGGCUGGUGAUAUGGUCCAUAUUGCUUGCGUGUCUUGAAGGGAAAUUUAAUCUGCUGCUUUUUCUACACCGAUG